GCGGGUCAUGGGUUUUAAUAGGGCUCCAAGCGUCCAAUCCAUUGAAUUGCUCUCUCUCAGAACUCCCUCCAUUGAAGCGCACUCAACGUUCUCCAUUGAAGCGCAGUCGACGUUCUCCAUUGUAUCUAGUUCUUGUAUUCCUCAUUGAAGCAGCUUCUGAGGUGAUAAACGAUGAUUGCGGCGAUUUCAUGGGUGCCCAAGGGAGUAGCAAAAUCAUUACCAGAAGUAGCUGAACUUCCAUCUAAAGAAGAAAUUGAUAAGUUGCUCCAAAGUGGUCUUCUUGAUACAGCUGAUGUUGAGCAUGAUGAUGAUGAUGAUGAUGAUGAUGAUGAUGAAGACAAGGACAUGGAUGCAGAGAGCACCAAGGAGGUUGAUGAAGUUGCACUUGCAUCUGUCGCGGCAGAGGCACUUGGCAAGGGUUCUGGUGAUAUAGCUGAUGCCUUCAGGGAACUUGACAUGGAAAAUUAUGAUGAAGAAGACGAUGAUGGCAUUGAUGUAUUUAGUAAAGGGCUUGGUGAUGCUUAUUAUCCCAGCAGCGAAUUGGACCCGUACCUAAAGGAUAAGGAUGAUAAUGAUUCAGAAGAGGAAGAGGAUAUGAUCAUAAGAGCAGAAGAUUCUAUUAUUGUUUGUGCACGUAAUGAAGAAGAAAUCAGUCAACUUGAGGUUUAUAUCUUAGAGGAUACAGAAGAUGGUCCAAACUUGUAUGUUCACCAUGAUAUCAUUAUAUCAGCAUUUCCCUUAUGCACUGCGUGGCUUGACUGCCCACUAAAGGGCGGAGAAAGAGGAAACUUUAUUGCUGUGGGCUCAAUGGAACCUUCAAUUGAAAUAUGGGAUCUUGAUAUUAUUGAUGAAGUUGAACCAUCACUUGUAUUAGGUGGUAUUGAUGAGUGUCUUGAGAAGAAGAAAAAAAGAAAGAAGAAACCUAAGUUCAAAGAGGACAGCCACACCGACGCAGUGCUUGGCCUUGCUUGGAACAAGGAGUUCAGGAAUAUACUUGCUAGUGCUAGUGCAGACAAAAAAGUUAAGAUAUGGGACGUGGCUACUGGAAAGUGUAGUAUUACCAUGGAGCACCACUCUGACAAGGUUCAAGCAGUUGCGUUCAGUCAUCAUGUACCACAAAUUCUUUUAAGUGGAUCUUUCGAUCAUUCAAUUGUUAUGAAGGAUGGAAGGAAGCCUUCACACUCUGGAUACAGGUGGUCUGUUGUAGCUGAUGUUGAGAGCCUGGCAUGGGAUCCUCAUACAGAACACUCUUUUGUUGUAAGCCUUGAGAAUGGAAUGAUUCAGGGUUUUGACAUUCGAGCUGCAAGUUCCAGUUCAGAUGCAGAAUUGAAGCCUAGUUUCACCAUUCAUGCACAUGACAAACCUGCCAGCACUAUCUCAUAUAAUCCCUCCAUACCAAAUCUCCUUGCUAGUGGCUCAAUUGAUAAAAUGGUUAAACUAUGGGAUUUGUCAAAUAACCAGCCGUCCUGUAUUUCUUCCCGAAAUCCUAAAGCUGGAGCUGUUUUUUCAGUUUCCUUCUCACAGGAAAAUCCUUUAUGGCUUGCUAUCGGAGGUUCUAAGGGAAUAUUAGAUGUAUGGGAUACAUCUUCUGAGGCCGGAGUUGCUAAGAAGUAUAGCAAAAACAUUGAUAAGAAGUCAUAGUUUGAUGAUUUAGAAAGAUCAGCAAUUGAAGGAUAGAGCGCAUUUUUCCAGGAUUGCUGAUCUAAAAAAAUUUUGGUUUUCUUUUGAUUUUAUCAAUUCUCCUUACAUUCAGAUUGCCUUUUUUUUUUACCUUCCUUUUUUUGGACAUAUGUUUAAUCAAUGAUAAUAAAUAUAAGAGUAAAGUUCACUACUAUUA